AUGGUUUUGUUUAUGUUCGCUUACACGUCUAUUUUGUUUGCCACCAUUCCCAUACUGUACCGAAUUCCAAAAGUACAGUACUAUGUCAAAUUUUCUGUUCUCUGUUUAUUGAUCCUUAUUGGGUCAUUUAUUUAUUCUAUUCGAAUGGCUUUCAAAGGCCGAGGAUAUGAAAAUGCUUGGAUGUUUGUAAGAUAUCUAGCAUUUUCUGGAAGGAUGGUUGGCUUGAAUCCUGUUGUCGAGGACGACCAUCUUCUGUCUGUGGAACCAUGUAUUUACGUCUUGAAUCAUCAAAGUUGCAUCGAUGUAACAAGUGUGGGAGACAUAUGGCCAAAACGCUGCACAGUAGUUUCCAAGGCUUCACUCAAACUCAUGGGCUUUUUGGGAAUAAUUAUGUGGCUGAGCAAGACUAUUUCCAUUGAUCGAUCCCAUCAUACUGAUGCCAUUUCUGCCAUGGAGAAAGCUGCUAUAGCGGCCAAACGAGAUAAGGUCUCGGUUUUCAUUUUUCCUGAGGGAACAAGAUCCGAUGCCGAUUAUCUUUUGCCCUUUAAAAAGGGCGCAUUUCACAUGGCCAUCGAGUGUCAAUUUCCGAUUCAACCUAUUGUUAUUGAACCGUAUGCAAAGUUCCUCGACCACAAGAAGAAACUUUUUAAAAGUGCCACUUACAAAGUGAAGGUCCUACCGAAAAUUGACACUAAGGGGAUGAAUAAAUCACAAGUUGAUCAACUUCUCAAUGAAACUCGUGAAAGAAUGGUUGCUGCAUUUGAAAUGAUGAAAGGAACAAUUUCAAACUGA